UAUCCAUUGUGUCUCGAGGCCCAACCACAAACGCAGAAACUUCCCCUCCCAAAUUCUUGUGUCCGCGUAGCUCAGUCGCCUUCGCCUUCCCAGUUCCAACUUCCAACUCUCCAGUGUUGCAGCGCUAGUGCCUUGUACGGACCGUGGAGGGUAGCUGAGAAAGGGGAAAGCAUGAAUGCCUUCAAAGCUUACAAGGCUUGUGUGCCGAUUGCAUGGAGCCCUAACUUGUACAUAACCCUGGUUAGGGGCAUUCCUGGAACCAGAAGACUUCACAGGCGUACAUUGGAGGCGUUGCGGCUUCGCAAGUGUAACCGAACUGUUAUGAGAUGGAAUACCCCUACCGUCAGAGGAAUGUUGCAACAAGUAAAGAGGCUAGUCGUGGUUGAAACAGAAGAGAUGUUCAAAGCCCGGAAAGAGAAGGCGGCAAACCACCGAGCCUUACGUCCACCGUUGGUCAUAAGUCAUCUGCCUGCCCCAGAUUGCAGUUCUUAAAAGCAAAACUUGUCCUCUUAGGUCAGAUCUUUUUCCAAUGUUGUUUCAUCAGACACUACAGUUUCUAAAUGUGUUAUUGGAUAGGAAUCCUUUGGUUGUAAUAGUUCCAACAUGAUUGAGUGGUUUAUUCAAAGAUAUGUUUUGCUGUGAGUUAAUUAAUCAAUGAUUGGUACAUAUCUGAUGGUAGUGAAAUAAAGGGGGGGAGAGAGUUCA